AUGGAUGAUUCUUUUCGGCUCUAUGUUGACUACAGACAACUCAAUACGUUGAAGAUUAAGAACAAAUAUCCUCUUCCCCGUAUCGAUGAUAUUUUUGAUCAGUUGCAAAGUGCAGAAUAUGUUGAUAUACCAAACACUGCAUUUCAAACUUUAUAUGGACAUUUUGAGUUUUUGCUAUAUGCUAAGUUUUCCAAGAGUGAGUUUUUGCUUGACAAAGUUUCUUUCCUGGGUCAUCUGGUAUCUAAGGAUUAUAUUCACGUUGAUCUGAAAAAGAUUAAAUUGGCAGCGGCCAAUAUCAGUGACAAAUAUAAGGAGUUAUCUUGGUUUGGAUGGAAUGAUAAGUGCAAGGCUAGUUUUCAAAAGUUGAAGGAGCUUUUGACAACAGUUCAUGUGUUAGCAUUACCUGACAAUACCGAUUGUUUUACGAUUUAUUGUGAUGCGUUAAGAUUGAAACAGUUGAAGAAGCAUGAAGUUAAUAACCCUACGCAUGAUUUGGAGUUGGUAGCACUGGUGUUAGCAUUAAGAUUUGGAGGCAUUAUCAGUAUGGAGCAACUCUAUCAUCCCAAUAAGGAUAAUGUCGUGGCAGAUGCUUUAAGUCGAAAGUCGUCUGGCAUUUCAGGAGAUCUUGUGGCACUGUUGGAAGGAAGUAAUUUAGAUUCUGUUGUGAUUGAUGAUGUGUUGAAACACGGUACAAGAAUGUGUGUUCCUAAUGUCAAGGAUUUAAAACAACAGAUUUUGGAAGAGGCACACAAGUUUAUGUAUAGUGUUCACCCUAUAUCGACUAAGAUGUAUCAUGAUGUUAAGAGUGUUAAUUGGUGGAGCGGAAUGAAGAAGGAUUUAGAACAUCAGAGACCAUUGGGUUAUUUACAACCACUUCCUAUUGUUGAGUGGAAAUGGGUGAGGAUUGCAACGGAUUUUGUUGUUGGGUUUCUGCAUACUCAACAACAUUUUGACUUCAUUUGGGGAAUUAUUGAUCGGAUGACUAAGUCGGCUCAUUUCAUCCCGAUUAAAAUUUCGUAUAAGGCAGCUAAUUUUGCAAGGUUGUAUAUUGAUAGAAUUGCAUUACAAGAAGCAUUAGGAACGUGUGUGAAUUUCCGUAUUGCUUUUCAUCCUCAGACGGAUGGCCAGUGUGAAAGGAUGAUCCAGACUUUAGAAGAUGUGUGUUAUCAAUUUGGCGGUAGUUGGGAUAUCUAUUUGUCAUUAAUCGAGUUUUCAUAUAAGAACAAUUAUCAUUCGAGUAUUGAGAUGGCAUCGUAUGAAGCUUUGUAUAGAAGCAAGUACCGAUCUCCAUUUUUUGGGAGAAAGUGA